AUGAACCCGGUGCACGCGCUCCAGGUCCGCGCGUUCCUUAAUGCGGCCGAGGACGUGGACGCCGAGCCGGACACGAUCGAGGACCUCCUCGCGGACUUGCACGAGGACGACGAAGACGCCGAGGAAGGUGAGGACGAAGAAGAAGAGCUAGAAGAAGAACCGUCCAAUGGAAGAAAACGCACUGCGGACGCGCUCGCAGUGGAAGAGGAAGCGGCCGAGGAGCGGGACCUCGACAUGCCCGUGCACGAGAGCCAUCGCGGUGAUGAUGCCUGCGGAAGCGAGGACGAGGAUGAGGAGUCCGAUAUCGAGAUUGAGGCGGACACGUUGCAGAGAAUGGAAGAGGAAGCUGCACAGGCAUGGACGAAAGACGAGGUCAGGAAGAUGAUGCAUCACCUCAAAGAACGCGGAAUGUCUUCGUUCAUCAAGGAAUACGUCGUCGUGCAGAACAUACCCGUCCCGAAACUGCUUCUCGCGUUCGGCAUCGUCUUGUGCGACGAGCUGCGGCACAAACGCCUCAAGACGCUGCUCUACUUCCUGCGCGUGGCCAUUUCGCGGGAGCUGCACCUGCGCGAGAAGCUGCCGCAGUACAACACCGUCGCGGACGCCGUCGCGCUCCUCCGCAACUCGAGGCGCAUCGUCGUUCUCACAGGCGCUGGGAUCAGUGUUUCCUGUGGGAUACCUGACUUCCGGUCGCGCGACGGGCUGUACGCCUCGUUGAAGGAGAAGGGCGAGUACGAGUUGGACGACCCUCAGCAGAUGUUCGAUAUACAGUACUUUAAAGAAAAUCCAGCCGGUGCGAAUUACCGUCGCAGUCAAAUAUAUCCUUCCAACUUUAUACCCUCGCCAUGCCACCGCUUUAUCAAAGUCAUAGAAGACAAAGGCAAGCUCCUCCGCAACUACACGCAAAACAUCGACACGCUCGAGACGCGCGCGGGGAUCGAGCGCGUGCUGCAGUGCCACGGCUCGUUCCGGACCGCGUCGUGCACCGUGUGCCGGCGGCGCGUGCCCGGCGCCGGGAUCGAGCCGGCGAUUAUGGCGCGGCGGGUGCCGUACUGCACCUUGUGCGCGGGGGACCGCGAGGCGGAUAGGGCGAGGGGGAGGGGGAAGGGGAAGAGGAGGGCGAGGAAGGAGUGGGAGGAGUCUAGCGAUGAGGAGGAGGAGGAGGAGGAUAUGCCGGUGGGGGUUAUGAAGCCGGACAUCACGUUCUUCGGCGAGAAGCUGACGGACGAUUUCGACCACGCGCUCCUCGCCGACCGGGAGACGGUCGACCUGCUGCUCGUCAUCGGCACGUCGCUCAAGGUGUCGCCCGUCUCCGAGAUUCUGUCCCACCUACCGCACUCCGUCCCACAGAUCCUCAUCAACAAGACACCCGUCCGGCACAUCAACCCAGACAUCGUCCUCCUAGGCAACGCAGACGCCGUCGUGCAGCACCUCUGCGCCGAGCUCGGCUGGGACCUUCCGCCGCCGCCUGCGCCAUCGGGCACGCACAAAGCCCAGGGCCAGGACCAGGGGAACCUAGGUAGUAUGCUCAGCCCACCCCAGCCACCCAUUGCGAACCUGCGCAACUCGAAGCGGCCGUCGUCAUCGUCGGACGACCCCACGGAGGCAGAUGCGGGAGUGGGGGCGGGGCGGGCGCCGCCCGUGCGCGCGGGGAACACGCAUAUAUGGCUAUUCGAAGGCGCCGAGGGCGGGGCAUGGGUAGACGCGAUGGUCGAGAAGCGCAGAAAGGAGCAGGAUUCAGAACAGAAGCAGCCUGAGAAUGGGAAUGGGAAGAGGGUCGAGGAGGCGCAGGGUGCAUCCACAACAGCACCAGUCGCACAGACGCAGGGGGACGAGCCUCCGGCGAAGAAGCUGCGCACUAGUUGA